AGUGUGGAGGAGCUGCUUAAAAUCAAGCACGAGCUGACAAAAGAAAGGGAUGAAAAGCUCUCUGAAAUUGCCAGAGUAAGGGUGUUUGAUUUCAUAUUUCCAUUCAAAUUUUCUUUCGCUCUAUUACAUUCUCUAUAAAUUUCAUGAGCCAGCAAAUGUUCAACAAAAAUUUCAACAUGAAACCGUCUUUAUACAGUAAGUUAUCGCGUGCAGUUUAGUAACUUUGCAAAAACAUCUACGUUAUCGUGUUUUAAAUAAGUAUAAAAAGUAGGACUCGCAAAUCCGUGCAAAGCAAGUGCUAGACCCUGUUGUCAUUUUUUGUAGAAACUGGCAAAUAUAGGGUCCCUUAUACAUUUUUAUGUCUACCACAAAUUUCCAUGAAACCUCACAGACUCCUUGAUAUUGAUAUUUUUUAAUAAAUGUUUAUUAACAAGCAAGGAAUAUGAUUUUUUUUCAGUAAAAAGUUAGAAAGCACAAUGAUCUUCUAAGAGGUCCAUUAGAUUUUAAAUUGAUAAAAGAUAGGUUUCCAUGGUUAUACAUUAGGUUACAUUCGCAUGACUUUUUUUUGACAGCUGAAAGAAGACAUUCAAGUCCAAAGUAAUAAAGCUCAGCGAGAAGCUAGAAAAGGAGAGGAACUUAAAAAGGAGUUGAGUCAAGCAAAGAACGAUUUAGAAAAUAGAACUGCUGAGCUGAAAACAAAAACAGAAAAUCUUCAACGUGCACAGGAAGACAUCACAAAACUUGACCAGGAACUCAAGAAACAGAGGGUAAAUUUGUUAAGAGUUUUUUAUAAAAUUUUCAUUUGUCUUCAAAAGUUCAUGUCAAUAUUCGUGCGAUAGAAAAAAAAAAACGUUUAGGCUUUCCUCGGUCAUGUAUACUUCUUUAAUUAGAGAGGAAUGGCUUUCAAGUGUUGAUGAUAAUAUUUGAUUUAUUUUUUAGAUAAUGAAUGAAAAAGCUAUGGAGUAUACAGAUGUGUUGAAUGCUCGCCUAAACAAAGUCCAGCAAGAUUUUGAUCAGCAACUUGUCAGCAUUAAUCGGCUGGCCACGGAAAACACAAAUAAAGCAGCCGAGUUGAAGGCAAAGGAAGAUGAGAUAAACGAGCUGAGACAGGAAAGACUGCACCAAAGUGCAAUAGGAGAAGCCAUCCAGAAAAAGCUGAGAGACGUCGAGGAACUGAAGAUAGAGGUUGAACAACGAGAAGAAACUCUUAAAGGACAAGUUUCUGGCUUGAAAAAAGGUAAAGGUAUGGUGACAAAUAUAGACAAGGUCAACUACAAAUUGCAGCUUUUUCCAAGUAUUAUCCUGUUAAAUAAGUUAUCUUUGUUGUAUGAUUAGUACAAAGGUGAGCUGCAAUUUAUGCAACGGCAGGAAAGAAGCUUUUCCAGUCUCCCAGACACUAGUUGUGUGCAACUACCAACUGAGCUACGAAGCCACACGCUGGGAGCGGGGCACAAUUUAAAGGAUUCUUAUGAUAAUAAUCUUUUAGUUCAAUGUUAGAAAUUAUGUUGGUAUCCAUUGUGGUAAAUAUUUUUAUAGAUGUUCUAUGGUUCGUGUCACAAUAUGGAGUCAGGCGAACAAUUUAUAUAGAUUGCCUGACUCAAUAUGGUAACAUAAACAAUAAAAAAUCCAUUAAAUUCUUUAGUUCUCGUUAAAAUCUAUAGGUUGUUCGACAUACUUAUCAAUUAAGAUUACUCAAAUGAGAUGUAACCAUUACAAUCUAUAAACUCUCUCUUCCUUUAUCUUAUUCAGAACUUGAAUCAAGGAAAAAUCAAGCUGAAGCAGAUAAAAAGGCCAUCGAUGAUCUUAUCUGUCAAAGGGACUUCCUUAACCAGGUAAUUUACUCUUGUCAAUUUUACUCUUAAUCUGAGCCUAGGAGUUUUGUGUUUUUGGUUUUUAGAACGAGAUGUUAUAUUUAAUGUUUGAUUUUAUUUUUGUCGACAAAUCCUUUAAAAAAUUUUGAAUUUGGAGUCAACUGGUUCUUGUGGUCGGACCUCAUCCUGUUUACUGCGUUAUAAAUGGACCUGGAGUAUUUACAUUCCUCCUAGUUAAACGGCUCGCAAAUAUCUGUACUCUAAAUUUUAAAGACAAAAACAUCUUCAUACAUUAGCUCAUCGUGUGUUCUUAAGUACAUUUUUAAAGUUAGAGAAAACGCAGUUUUUGACUCAUUUACAACGUAUGACUCUAAACUUGCCAAUCUAUGCCAAGCAAAUGCUUGACCCUGUUGUCAUUUCUUUGUAGAAAUUGGCAGAUAUAGGGUCUCAUGUAUAAAUCUUGAUAUGUUUGCCACAGAUGUCCAUGAAACCCCUCUGACUCUCUAAUAUUGCUAUCUUUAUAAAUGGUUAUUAAGAAGCAACGAAUAUGAUUUUAUUGUUCCAUUAAAAAGGUUAGAAAGCAAGAUUAUCUUCUAAGGUGUCCAUCACAUUUUAAAAUUAAUGGAAACAGUUUUCCAUGGUUAUACAUUUGGUUAAAUUUGUAGGAUUUUUUUGUUCCGACAGUUCAAAGAAGAAAUCCAAGUCCAAAGUGAUCAAGCCCAGCGAGAAGCUAGAAAAGGAGACGAACUUAAAAAGGAGUUGAGUCAAGCAAAGAGCAAUUUAGAAAAUAGAACUGCUGAGCUGAAGACAAAAGCAGGAAACCUUCAACGUGCACAGGAAGACAUCACAAAACUUGACCAGGAACUCAAGGAACAGAGGGUAAAUUUGUUAAGAGUUUUUAUUCAAUUUUCAUUUGUCUUCAAACGUUCAUGUCAAUAUUCGCGUCAUAGAAAAAAAGAUCUUUUAGGCUUCCCUUGGUCAUGGAUACUUCUUUAAUUAGAGAGGAAUGGCUUUCAAGUGUUGAUGAUAAUAUUCGAUUUAUUUUAGAUAGUGAAUGGAAAAGCUAUGGAGUAUACGGAUGUGUUGAAUGCUCGCCUAAACAAAGUCCAGCAAGAUUUUGAUCAGCAACUUGUCAGCAUUAAUCGGCUGGCUACGGAAAACACAAAUAAAGCUGCCGAGCUGAGGGCAAAGGAAGAUGAGAUAAACGGGCUGAGACAAGAAAGACUGCACCAAAGAGCAAUGGCAGAAGCCAUCCAGAGAAAGCUGAGAGCCGUUGAGAAUCUGAAGAUUGAAGUUGAACAACGAGAAGAAACUCUUAAAAGACAAGUUUCUGGCUUGAAAAAAGGUGAGUGGAAUGAUGGUAUGAAAAGAGAAUGUUUGUGUUUUUUAAAAAUUAGGCAGAUCACGAACAUAUCUGGCUUUCCCUUUUCCUCAGUUAUAGAGUAGCCCCAACAAGGCAAAGUCACCUUAAUCGUGAUUCUGCGUGUAGAUUUAAGGGACUUACAAAUAUAGACAAGGUCAACUACGAAUUACAGCUUUUUCCAAGUAUUAUCCUGUUAAAUAAGUUAUCUUUGUUGUACGAUUAGUACAAAGGUGAGCUACUAUUUAUGCAACGGCAGGAAGGAAGCUUUUUCAGUCUCUCAGACACUAGUUGUGUGCAACUAUCAACUGAGCUACGAAGCCACACGCUGGGAGCGGGGCACAAUUUAAAGGAUUCUCAUAAUAAUUAAUUUUUAGUCCAAUGUUAAAAAUAGAGAAUAAUAUAUGGGUGCGCAUUGAUAUGGAAUUCUUCGAGUGUUCAACUCGAGAAGAGAAUUCCAUAUCUACAAUUAACCGUGUAAUAUAUGGAUUUAGCCAAGCCUAAAAGCGGAGCUCGCAUUUUUUCUUUCCCGCAAGUUUUUUGCCUUUUUUCUCAAGGGCACAACGCCUUGCCCCGGCCAGAACUAGAACCCGGGUCGUCCGACUCGAGAAAAUUCUGACAAACGACCUUGGAUUGAGAAUGGUCAAGGCUUUAUUGUUCAUUCAUCAACCUAACAGAGUGGCGAGAAAGGCGAGUGACGUGCUAGCAGCUGAUUGGCGAUAUUAAACACAUGUGAAAAAAAUAUCGUAUCUUUUCACAUGUGUUGUUACGGCUUUUCUCAGGGCUGGAAAUCCUGGUAUAACACCAUAAUUUAUAUGAUAAAUUAUGUUAUUAUUCAUCGUGGUGAAUAACUUGAUAGAUGUUUAAUCGUUUGUCUUAUGAUAAAGAGUCAGGCGACCAAGUCAUAUUGAUAGCCUGGCUCUAUAUCUUGAGAUGAACAAUAAAACAUCUAUCAAAUGUUUUAGUUCUUGUUAUAAGUUGAUGUAAUUACAAAUCAUGAUAAUUAGAUUGUUUGACAUAUUUAGAAAUUAAGAUUACUCAAAUGAGAUUUAACCUUUACAAUCUAUAGAAUUUCUCUGCCUUUAUCUUAAUCAGAACUUGAAUCAAGCAGGAAGCAGACUGAAGCAGAUAAAAAAGCCAUCGAUGAUCUUGUCUGUUCAAGGGACAUCCUUAACAAGGUACUUCACCCUUGUCAAUUUUACUCUUAA